AUGCCGUGCUACAGCGAAGCGCCACUUUUCCUCCUCACCCCUCUUCGCACUUCUUCGCAGAUACGCCCCCCUUUCGCGCAACGACACACCCGCGUCCCUAUCGUCAGCAUGCCGCGUGCUCACCAGAAGGUCGAGGCGGACAGCUCCAUUUUUUCUCGCAUCGUGGAGCAAGGCUGGGUAUCCUUCUUAAUUCUUGGCGCCUUGAUGGUUGGACUGCGACUGUAUAACGUAAAGCAGCGUCGCGACAGACGAAAGCUGCUGCGGGAGGGGCUUAUGGCGGAGAUGGGGUACCGCAGCAAGGCAAGCCGCAAAGGGGACUAA